AUUACGUAAUUUUAUUUACCUCUUCUAGCUGGAUCUGUUCGACCAAGUACUCGCAAUAUUUGAAAGAUACAUCUAUUUACAACUAGUUUGAAAACAAUUCAACGUUCAUAAUUUUUAAGCAAAAGUUAUGUUACAUUAACAGGUAACUUUAUGAUAAAUUAGUACGAUAUAAUUAUAUUUAAAACAGUCGGAAGAUAAAAUUUGAAUUCAACUUGAAUGGGUAAAGAACAUGUGUAAGUAGAAUGUGUUAAGUCAAUAUAUGAAAUAAUGAAGUAAUGAUAAAAAAUUGGGCGUAAGGUACAAAUAAUAAUUGAUUCAGAUUAAAUUAUAUUUAGCUUAUUGUUUAACUUACAUUCAGAGAUCUGCUUAUUACUAUUAAAGGUGGCAUAAUGCAGAAAUCUAUCAGAUUGAAACGUGAAUUUGAAAAACUUAGUCAAAAUCCUGUCGAAGGUAUUUCUUGUUAUCCACGGUCCGAAAAUUUUGAAAACCUUGUCGCAACAAUUAUUGGACCAAUUGGAAGCCCAUAUAGUGGACAUGUUUUUCAGUUAUCCAUAGAUAUUUCUGAACAAUAUCCAUUUGAACCUCCAAGGAUUGCAUUUCAAACACCUAUUUAUCAUCCAAAUAUUGAUAAUAAUGGCCGAAUUUGUAUGGAUCUUUUAAACAUGCCACCAAAAGGUAACUGGAAUCCAACUAUCGGAAUAAAAAAUCUUCUGGAUGCUGUAAAAUGCCUAUUGGGAAAUCCAAACCCUGAUGAUCCUUUGAUGCCAGACAUAGCGCAAGAAUAUAAAUUUAACAGACAAGAGUUUGACAGAAAAGUACAACAGUUUAUGAUAGAAACAAAAAAUAAAUUGUUAUAAUUAAUUAUAAUUAAUCAA